CCGCUCUCCACAGGACUCAGGAGGAGGAAGCCACGCUUAGAAUGUUGACAUAGGUGCUGUGGGACAGAUAGCAGUGAGAUACACAGAGCAGAACGCAGCUGUCUGCUUGAGGCCCUGGCACUAGCUGAGAUUUGGGGUGUUUAAAUCCUGAGAUGUGGUUGCUAUGGAGGUGAACCAAAUUGCUGGGAAACAUGUGGCGCAGGAGCUCUGGGAGAGGAGAAUACAUAGGCUGGGCUUCAACUGUGGCACCCUUGUUAAGGGGGACUAUGUGUGGUUGGACCUCAAAACCGGCCGGGAGUUUGUGGUUCCCAUUGGAGCCGUGGUCAAGCUAUGCGACUCGGGCCAGAUUCAAGUUCUGGAUGAUGAAGGGAAUGAGCACUGGAUAUCCCCACAGAAUGCUACUAACAUCAAGCCCAUGCACCCCACCUCUAUCCAUGGGGUGGAGGACAUGAUCCGUCUGGGCGACCUCAACGAGGCUGGGAUUCUGCGUAACCUGCUCAUCCGCUACCGGGAGCAUCUGAUCUAUACUAACUGUGGAGGGAGGACAUACACAGGGUCCAUCCUAGUGGCGGUGAACCCAUACCAGCUGCUGCCUAUCUACACAGCAGAUCAGAUCCGUCUCUACACCAACAAGAAGAUAGGCGAGAUGCCACCGCACAUCUUUGCCAUCGCAGACAACUGUUACUUUAAUAUGCAGCGUAACAACAAGGACCAGUGUUGCAUUAUCAGUGGGGAGUCGGGAGCUGGGAAGACGGAGAGCACCAAGCUGAUCCUGCAGUUCCUGGCCGCCAUCAGCGGGCAGCACUCUUGGAUCGAGCAGCAGGUGCUGGAGGCCAACCCCAUCCUGGAGGCUUUUGGGAAUGCCAAGACCAUCCGGAAUGACAAUUCUAGCCGCUUUGGGAAGUACAUCGACAUCCACUUUAAUAAGAGAGGCGCCAUCGAGGGGGCCAAGAUUGAGCAGUACCUACUGGAGAAGUCCAGAGUAUGCCGUCAGUCCCAGGAUGAGAGGAACUACCAUGUUUUUUACUGCAUGCUGCAGGGCAUGUCUCCUGACCAGAAGAAGAAACUGGGCCUCACCAAAGCCACAGACUACACCUACCUCACUUUUGGAAACUGCACCGUUUGUGAUGGCCGCAAUGACCAGAAGGAGUACAGCAACAUUCGCUCUGCCAUGAAGGUCCUGAUGUUCACUGACACUGAGUUCUGGGAGAUCUCCAAACUGCUGGGUGCCAUACUGCACAUGGGCAAUUUCCGCUAUGAAGCACGCACAUAUGACAACCUGGAUGCCUGUGAGGUGGUGCGCUGCCCACAUCUGAACACUGCUGCCAUCCUGCUGGAGGUUGAUAUGAAAGACCUGAUGAACUGUCUGACCAGCCGAACCCUCAUCACCCGCGGUGAGACAGUCUCCACCCCACUCAGCAUGGAGCAGGCUCUGGAUGUGCGCGAUGCCUUUGUGAAGGGAAUCUACGGGCGCCUGUUUGUGUGGAUUGUGGAGAAGAUAAAUGCUGCCAUCUACAAGCCGGCGUCCUCCCAGCCCAAAAUAGUGCGCCGAUCCAUUGGCCUUCUGGAUAUCUUUGGCUUUGAAAACUUCACUGUUAACAGCUUUGAGCAGCUCUGCAUCAACUUUGCCAACGAGAAUCUGCAGCAGUUCUUUGUGCGGCACGUGUUCAAGCUGGAGCAGGAGGAGUACAACCUGGAGCACAUCAACUGGCAGCACAUCGAGUUCACGGACAACCAGGACGCCCUGGACAUGAUCGCCAUCAAACCCAUGAAUAUAAUCUCCCUCAUUGAUGAGGAGAGCAAAUUCCCCAAGGGAACAGACGCCACCAUGCUGUACAAACUCAACUUUCAGCACAAACUCAACACCAACUACAUCCCCCCCAAGAACACCUAUGAGACUCAGUUUGGCAUCCAGCACUUCGCCGGUGUGGUCUUCUAUGAGACAAGAGGUUUCCUUGAGAAGAACAGGGACUCUCUGCAUGGUGACAUCAUCCAGCUGGUGCACUCCUCCAAAAACAAGUUCAUUAAGCAAAUCUUCCAGGCUGACGUUGCUAUGUUUCUUUGUGGCUACGUGCCUGGUGGCACUAUGGGCCAGCCAGGCACCCCUCCUCUUAUUAAGGGGGCGGAGACGAGGAAGCGCUCCCCGACUCUGAGCAGUCAGUUCAAGCGCUCUCUGGAACUGUUGAUGCGGACGCUCAGCGUGUGCCAGCCUUUCUUCGUGCGCUGCAUCAAGCCCAACGAGUUCAAGAAGCCCAUGCUGUUUGACAGGGAGCUGUGCGUCCGGCAGCUGCGGUAUUCCGGGAUGAUGGAGACCAUCCGGAUCCGUCGGGCAGGCUACCCAAUCCGGUACACGUUUGUGGAGUUUGUGGACCGGUACCGGGUUUUAAUGCCUGGAGUGAAACCUGCUUACAAACAGGAGGACCUGAGGGGGACCUGUCAUCGGAUCGCUGUGGCCGUCCUGGGGAGAGACGAUGACUGGCAAAUGGGAAAGACAAAGAUCUUCCUCAAGGAUCAUCAUGACAUGCUGCUGGAGAUAGAGCGAGAUAAGGCCAUCACAGACAAGGUCAUCCUCAUUCAGAAGGUUGUUCGGGGCUUCAAGGACCGGUCUAAUUUCCUUAGAAUGAGGAAGUCAGCCGUGUUGAUCCAGAAGACGUGGAGGGGCUAUCACUGUCGCAAGAACUAUGGAGCGAUGCGUGCAGGCUUCGCUCGUCUCCAGGCCCUGUACCGCUCGCGGAAGCUCUACCAGACGUACCACGUGGCUCGCCAGCGCAUCACGCUCUACCAGGCCCGUUGCCGAGGCUACCUGGUGCGCCGGGCCUUCCGCCACCGCCUGUGGGCCGUCAUCACUCUCCAGACCCACACCAGGGCCAUGAUCGCCCGCCGCCUCUACAAGCGCCUCAAAGGAGAGUACCGGCGGCGCCUGGAGGCAGAGAAGAUUCGCCUGGCAGAGGAGGAAAAGCUGCGCUACCAGAUGAGCGCCAAGCGGGCCAAGGCCGAGGCAGAGAAGAAGCACCAGGAGCGGCUAGCGCAGCUGGCCCGCGAGGAUGCCGAGCGCGAGCAGAAGGACCGCGAGGACGCGCGGCGCAAGAAGGAGAUGGUGGAGCAGGUGGAGAAGGCGCGCCAGGAGCCCGUCAACGACUCGGACAUGGUGGACAAGAUGUUCGGCUUCCUGGGCACCACCAACUCGUUUCCGGGCCAGGAGGGGCAAGCACCAGCAGGGUUUGAGGAUCUGGAGAGCUCUCAGAAGGGCCUGGAGGAGGAGGAUCUAGAUGAGGCUAAUCCUCUGCCGGAGGACGACCUGGAUGAUUUAUCUGAAUACAAAUUUGCCAAGUUUGCUGCCACGUACUUCCAGGGCACCACCACACACACAUACGUCCGCCGGCCUCUGAAACAACCCCUGCUGUUCCACGAGGAUGAGGGCGAUCAACUGGCCGCCUUGGCUGUUUGGAUCACAGUGCUGAGGUUCAUGGGAGAUUUACCGGAGCCUAAGUACCACACAGCCAUCAGCGAUGGGAGUGAGAAGAUCCCAGUCAUGACCAAGAUCUACGAAACUCUGGGCAAGAAGACCUACAAGAGAGAGUUGCAAGCCCUUCAGGGGGAGGGGGAGAACGCUUUGAUUGACACUCACAAGAGGAGCAGUGUCCGUCACAAGCUUGUGUCUCUCACUCUGAAGAAGAAGUCAAAGAUUACUGAGGAGGUGACCAAGCGUCUGAAUGAUGGCGAGUACACUAUGCACGGAAAUAGCAUGCUGGAGGACCGGCCCACGUCCAACCUGGAGAAGCUGCACUUCAUCAUCGGCAAUGGUAUCCUCCGGCCAGCCCUCAGAGAUGAGAUCUACUGUCAGAUCUGCAAGCAGCUGAGCCAGAACCCAUCCAAGAGCAGCCACGCCCGUGGCUGGAUCCUCAUGUCCCUCUGUGUGGGCUGCUUCUCCCCCUCAGACAAGUUUGUAAAGUACUUGAGGAACUUCAUCUGCGGGGGCCCACCUGGCUACGCCCCCUACUGCGAGGAGCGUCUCAGGAGGACCUUUGUGAACAGCACGCGGACACAGCCUCCAUCCUGGCUGGAGCUGCAGGCCACCAAGUCUAAGAAGCCCAUCAUGCUUCCGGUGACAUUUAUGGACGGGACGACUAAAACCCUGCUGACAGACUCGGCCACCACAGCCAGAGAGCUGUGCAACGCACUCUCCGACAAGAUCAACCUCAGGGACCGAUUCGGCUUCUCUCUCUACAUCGCCCUGUUUGACAAGGUGUCCUCACUGGGCAGCGGCGGAGACCACGUGAUGGACGCUGUGUCCCAGUGCGAGCAGUACGCCAAGGAGCAGGGCGCCCAGGAGCGCAACGCACCCUGGCGGCUGUUCUUCCGCAAGGAGAUCUUCACGCCGUGGCACAACCCGGCCGAGGACACCGUGGCCACCAACCUCAUCUACCAGCAGGUGGUGCGAGGGGUCAAGUUCGGAGAGUACCGCUGCGAUAGGGAGGAAGACCUGGCGGAGCUGGCCUCCCAGCAAUACUACGUGGACUACGGCGCGGAGAUCCUGGUGGAGCGUCUCAUCAGCCUCAUCCCCUCCUACAUCCCCGACCGCGAGAUCAGCACGGCCAAGACCGUGGAGAAGUGGGCCCACUUCAUCAUGGCCGCCCAUAAAAAGGGCAUCUAUGCACAGAAUAGGAUGGACCCACAAAAGGUCAAGGAGGAGGUGGUGGACUUUGCUCGAUACAAGUGGCCUUUGUUAUUCUCAAGAUUCUACGAGGCCUUUAAAUUCUCAGGUCCAAGCCUGCCUAAGAAUGACGUGAUAGUAGCAGUCAACUGGACCGGAGUUUAUUUUGUGGACGAGCAAGAACAGGUCCUUCUGGAACUUUCUUUCCCUGAGAUCACGGCCGUCUCUAGCAGCAGAGGCGGGAAACUUCAGGGCCAGAGUUUCACACUAGCCACCAUCAAGGGCGAUGAGUACACCUUCACGUCCAAUAAUGCAGAGGACAUCCGAGAGCUGGUGGUCACCUUCUUAGAGGGCCUCAGGAACAGGUCCAAGUUUGUGGUGGCCCUGCAGGACAACCCCAGUCCUGCUGGUGAUGACUCCACCUUCCUGAGCUUUGCCAAAGGUGACCUCAUCCUCCUGGACCAGGAUACAGGGGAGCAUGUCAUGACGUCCGGCUGGGCCCACGGCAUCAACGACCGCACCAAACAGCGAGGAGACUUUCCGUCCGACUGCGUCUACGUCCUGCCCACAGUCACCAAACCUCCGCCGGAGAUAGUGGCACUGGUUACCAUGACGCCAGACCAGCGUCAGGAGUCCAUCCGUCUGUCCCACAUCACCCUAACGGGGAGCGAGGAGGAGCAGGUGAAGCCAUACACGCUGGAGGAGUUCUCCUACGACCACUUCAGGCCCCCGCCCAAGCACACCCUGAGCCGCGUGAUGAUCACCAAGAACCGGGGGAAGGACAAGCUGUGGUGCUGCACCAGGGAGCCCCUCAAGCAGCCGCUGCUCAAGAAGGUGCUGGGCCACGAGGAGCUCUCCCAGGAGGCCUGCAUGGCCUUCAUUGCCAUCAUGAAGUAUAUGGGCGAUUACCCCUCGAAGCGAACGCGCUCAGUCAACGAACUCACUGACCAGAUCUUUGAGGGAGCGCUGAAGGCAGAGCCGCUCAAAGAUGAGAUCUUCUCUCAGAUUCUCAAACAGCUGACGGAAAACCAUGUCAAGUACAGUGAGGAGAAGGGCUGGGAGCUACUGUGGCUGUGCACUGGCCUCUUCCCCCCCAGUAACGUCCUGCUGCCGCAUGUCCAGAGGUUCCUGCAGUCCAAGAGGCACCACCCACUGGCUCAGGACUGCAUGCAGAGACUGCAGAAAGCCUUACGGAAUGGCUCUAGGAAGUACCCCCCUCACCUGGUGGAGGUGGAAGCCAUUCAGCACAAGACCACGCAGAUCUUUCACAAAGUGUACUUCCCUGACGACACGGAUGAGGCUUUCGAGGUGGAGUCGAGCACCAAGGCAAAGGACUUCUGUCAGAACAUCGCUGACCGGCUCCUGCUCAAGUCCCCCGAGGGCUUCAGCCUGUUCGUCAAGAUCUCUGACAAGGUUAUCAGCGUACCAGAGGGGGAUUUCUUCUUCGACUUUGUCAGGCACCUCACAGAUUGGAUCAAGAAAGCCAGGCCCACAAAGGAUGGAAUAGUGCCUUCAUUGACUUAUCAGGUGUUCUUCAUGAAAAAACUUUGGACCAACACAGUUCCAGGGAAAGACUCCUUUGCCGACUCCAUCUUUCAUUACUACCAGGAGCUUCCAAAGUAUCUCCGCGGUUACCACAAAUGCUCCCGCGAGGAGGUCUUCCAGUUGGGAGCGCUGAUCUACCGAGUGAAAUUCGAGGAUGACAAAUCCCAUUUUCCCAGCAUUCCGAAGAUGCUGAAAGAAUUAGUUCCCCAGGACCUGAUCCGCCAGCUCUCUCCUGAUGACUGGAAGAGGUCUGUUGUAGCGUACUUCAACAAGCAUGCUGGAAAGUCCAGGGAAGAGGCCAAGCUGAUGUUCCUCAAGAUCAUUUUCAAGUGGGCAACAUUUGGGUCAGCUUUCUUUGAAGUGAAGCAAACCACUGAGCCCAACUUCCCAGAGAUCCUGCUCAUAGCCAUCAACAAGCACGGUGUCAGCCUGAUCGACCCAAAGACCAAGGACAUUCUAGUGACACACCCCUUCACCAAGAUCUCCAACUGGAGCAGUGGGAACACCUACUUCCACAUCACCAUUGGCAACCUGGUGCGAGGCAGCAAGCUGCUGUGCGAGACUUCACUGGGCUAUAAGAUGGACGACCUGCUGACCUCCUACAUCAGCCAGAUGCUGACCACCAUGAGUAAGCAGCGCAGCUCGAGGGGCCAGAGCAAGUGAACGUCAUACUGGCAGGAGGCUGCUGAGCUGCUGCGUCUGCUGCGGCCCAUGGGCCAUCCCUGCAGCUGGGGCCACGCCUUCCCCUCCCACGUGUGGAGGAUGAGCCGCAACCCCUCCACCGCCGGCUCCUCCCUCUCCCAGGACACCCUGACGCCCGAUGACGACGACGACGAUGCCUCAUCCUCCCCCUCCAGCGAGGACGACUACCUCUGAGCCUCCGCCAGUGGCAGCAGUCCCCUCGCCACGUCCCGUUUCGGGGGUGGGUGCCUCGUCUGCUGGCCCCCCACCCGCACCACCCCCCUCCCCACCCUCACUCCCUCAGCCUCCUGCCCACCUUGGAUCCUCUAGCUGUCUCCCUAAGCUCAAAUGUUACACGUUCAACUCUGCCUCAUUUUGACACGGACACAUUCGCCUGACAGUUCAGUUGAAGUACAUGAAAUGUGCCCACUGCAGCACAUACGGCUUUAGUGUUCUUGUCAUUAACUUUCUGAGUGAGGCGCUAGAAGAGCUACUUGUAUUAAAAUAGGUUUGGAAAAAAGUUUUUUGUCACUUUGUUGUUAGCUACUGAAAGUAACUGAUUAGAUUCCCUGUAUAAAGUUGUAAUAUAUUGUUUUUAUUGGUCAGUGUACUGAAUCAUGACCUGGGUUUACAGGUGUGUGAUCAAAUGAGUUUGAAAAGUGUAGACCUAAAGUAUUCUUCUAUUGUUCUGUUGACGGCCUUAAAGUACAUUUUUACCAAUUUGUCCAAUGUGAUCUUGUUUUUUAAUGAAUGUAGAAAUGCAAGUCUCAUUCAGUCCGAUUUGACAAGUUAGAUGUGCAUGUGUUUUCACAGCGCCAGUGCUGUGUGUGUUUUGUUCUUUUUCUGGGUCUGGAGGAUUUGGAGGCGCCUUUUAUCAGACCUCCUUAUGGCCUUAUUUAAAAUGGCAUCUAUUUCUAAAUGACAGCCAUUCACUCCUCGGAGGGCAACAGACCAGGACAGUGAGGCUUCACAGUGUAUUUAGAGACCCACAACAGCACAUAAUGGAGGAUGAACUGCUGUUACUCUUUGUUAUUUUCUGAGUGUGGUAUUUUCUUGCAUGGUAGCUUUUAUCUUCUAAGGAAGUGUUCAUGUAUUAUGUACUAUGGUAGCUGAAUCUUUCACCAAUGGCCUUUAUGUGCCAGUACCUUGUAGACCAACUGUACUGUUAGGACACUGUUACAUUCUGUGAAAAUAAUUACAACAUAUGUAUAUUGUAGUACCAUUAUAACUUAUUUUCAUAAAGGGUUAAGAAUAUGAAAAUCCUGCUUGUGUUACACUAUGCUGCAUCUACUAUUUUAGAAGGCACAAUGUAAGAUGCUGUAGAGUUGUUGUUCAAUUUGUAAGAUAGUAUCAAUCCCUGGUUGUAAACUUGCAUUGCACUGGGUUAUUAUAAACACUACUUUAAAAAUGAACAAAAAAGCAGAGGCCAAACAGGAACUUGAACUCAAGAUCAAGCUCACAGCACAAACUGGUGUUAUUGUCCAAAUUUGCUCCCUGCUGGUUAUGAGUUACAGAUACAAAGCACGUCAGUAUAGCUCUGUUAUUAUGUGUUGAUCAAUGUCAAAGGUUUUGGAUUUAAUGAGACAUCUCCUUGUUAUCAUCUGAGGCAUCAUGUGAUGGCAACCUUUUCAAUAAACUGUGACUGUUA